AUGUACGUUUUGUCAACAUCGCGCCCGUCCACGGCGGCAUUUGGGGCUGCAGUUGGCAACUUCUGUGGCGACGGGACGACCUACGUCGCGCUGAAUCGUGGCACGCUUCUCUCCCUCUACGUGCUUCGCCAGGGCAACUCUGGGAUUGACCACGUACAAGACUUCCGCCUGCACUGCACUUUGAAAUAUGUGCGACCCGUUCUCAUUGUAGAUUCCGCGGCACCGCAGAAAUGCUCACGCCACCUUCUCUUUCUGUGCACCGUCAAGCAGCAGAUUGUCCUCGCUGCUCUUGAGACAUCUACAGAGCUCAGCCGCGGAGCAUCACCGCUGCGGAUGACAACGCUAUUCCAAGGCGCGCCGGGUGACUGCCUGUACCAGUAUGACCCCGGCGAUGUCGAGUUGUGCUGCUGCUCCAGCGCGGUCGCGGGCGCAGGCGGGUCGCCCCCGUUCGUUGUCUUUGCCCUGACACGUGGGGAGCUCUUUGUUUUCGAUUGCUUUGCUGCCCUCGCCCGGGACGCGGUCAAGCGCAAGCAAAACGGAAACCUGACGCGUUUGCUUUCCCCAGAGCUGAUGACGAGCGUCGCUCGGCGCGCAAAAGCGGACAUCUUCUCCCACUGCUACAUGGACUGCGCAGAGUACGACGUAAGAGACAUCUCCUUUGGGUUUCCCUCCCCAUGGCUGAAGGGGCAGGUGCACGGCCCGGCACCGCGGCCUGGCGCGGCGGCAAUGAGGGGGGACAACGCUCCCGCGUCCACCUCUCUGUUCGUGCUCUACGGUGACCCGUACGGCAAGGUGCACGUGUCGGAGUAUGAGCUUGCCGUAUCCCCUGUCGCGGAGGCCGAGGCGGCGAGCGAGACUAGCAGCGUGGAGAGCUCAAUCCGUCAACCAGCUCGUCCGCCACCCUAUCCUGCCGAGUUCGGCACGCCGACUCGUCGAGUGCGCCGUUGCGGAUUGCUGCAGGCGAAUGUCGAUCCUACGGCAUCGCGCAUCGUUCCUAGUCGCCACGGCCUGUUCGUUGUGGGCAAUCACCUUGUGACGCUUAUCCAGCAAGUCCGGCCGCGCAAGGGCGUGCUUUCGCGCGAGAUCCCUUCGCGGCAGGCUAUCCUGGAUGUGAGCUGCGCGUCCGUCUCCGCCGACGCGUCAGAACUCGUGAUCGGGUUCAGUGACGGUGUCCUCGCACGGGUGACGGUCAUCUCUAGGGGCAUGGGCAGCGAAGACCCUGAGUUGGCGUUUCGCUUUUUGUCUCAUCCGGCACCGACAAUCCCGACGGAGAUGGUGACUCUGCACGCCGAUCUUUAUUUGCUGUGCUCACGAUUCGACAGCAGUUUCACGGUGCGGCUCGAUGAGGCUUCGUGCGAGGAGGUGCUGCGUAACUGCGGGCCCGUGCUAGACAUGACCACGCAUCAAAACGGCAGCCGAUACAGCGUUGUGGCGUCCACCGGCAUCCACCGCGGCGGCGGCAUCAGCGUGCUGCGAAGCGCUGUCAUGCUGCGGGAUCAGGCGGACAUACCCCUUCACUGCCACCCGCAGCGCGUCCUUUGCGCCGGCGAGCUAAUGUGCAUCACGAUGGCGGCCGCAGCGAACCGGUUCUUCUUUGUGUCGACGCGUGCCCUCACGCUGGAGGAGCUCGCGCCUCAUAUGUUCCCGGAGAUCGUCUCGCGUCACCCCCUUGUCGAGCUCGGCCUCGAUGCUGCGCUCGACAGGCUGGUGCUCAUUUCAGUCCGCGGCAUCACCUGGUUGCGUUUGUCGGGGCCUCGAGUCGAGGCGGUGUCGAAGCUGCCCCGCCAGGACGAUGACCCGCAAAUCCUUUUCGCGGUCGUUCGGCACGGCGUAACAGUGGUGUGCGACGGGAGCGUCGUAACCGUGUACCGUGGCCAGGAGGUGGUCCACACGGUGCCGCCUCUCGCCGGCGUCGCCAUCUCGGCGGUGUCGCUAGUGAGCCCUACGCUGCUCGUGGUGGGGCAGUGGAAUGGCGUUGUCGCCUUGUACGAGCUGGGGCGCCGCCAAGCAGUCGUGGUGGGGCGACUGCUGUUGGACUCCGUGCCGCGCACUAUUGCGUGCGCGGUCCCGCCACUUUCACCGUCGUCGAUGGUGGGCGAGGCGGCGUUGCCGAUCAUCUACGUCGGCACCCUCCACGGCUUUCUGGUGGAGACCACGGUUGCACUCCUGCGGCGUGGGGAGACGUCUCGCUCGGUGUUCGUUGCCCCGCACCCGCUCGAGCUCCAAGAGCUUGCAGGCCCGCACGCGGGACUGCUGUGCCUCGGCCAUGUCCCCCUGGUCGUAUUGUAUCUCGGGGGUGGCGGUCUACAGCUGACUGGGCUGCACCUGAUGGGCGUCUCGGCCGCCGCGACAGUGGACGCCGACUUACAGUGCUACGCCUUUUACUCCAGGCAAGAUGGUCGUCUUCACAUUGGCUCCCUUGAGGCGCUCGAGAAGACGUCGCGGACCUUCUUGCCGCUCGGCGAAACGAUCACGCAGCUGCACGAGACCGCUGCCUGGGGUGGCUACGCGGCGUCGGUGCGCAAGGUGGAAGGGGAUGAGGUUCUUUUUCUGCCGUCGACUGCCAUACAGUUCCCGUGGGCCGCCGACCUAACUCUGUGGCGCUCUGCCGCCGUGCCGCUCCUCGAGAACGAGCGCUGCGUCUUUCUUCAGACGGUGCGGCUGGACGGUGCAGAGGGUGGCGGGUCGGGAGAGAGGGGCGGCGAGCAAAACGACGCGGCGGCGGGCGGCAGCGGUGGCGUGAGCAAGGAGGAAUGGCAGCAGCUGCUUCUCAUCGGCUCCUCUUUCACGUUUCCGGAUGAGCAGCGCGCGCGGUCAGGAAGGAUUACGUGGUGUGCUCUGCGUGAGGAGCAUCAACGACAGCGACUGCACCUCAUCGCGAGCAAAGACAUUGGUGGCGCGCUGCAGUGCUGCGCUGCGGUGCCGCACUACAAGGGCCGUAUUGCGCUUGGCGUCAACGGCUGUGUCUGUUUGUACAAUUGGAACACGGAGGAUCAAACCUUUGUGGCCGAGGAGCGCUGCCGUAUCGGGCUCACGGUGACAAAGCUGAUUCCCCUCUACGACACAUCUCUGGCCGCCUCGGUACUCGUCGCGUUGGACGUGCGCCAUAGCGCCUUCUUCAUUGAGGUGGACACGUUGCAGGGAAGCCUCAAGGUGCUUUGCCGCGACGCGGACUUGCGCGGCGUCAUGGACGGGCACAUCGGCUCCGACGCCGAGAACCUCUGCCUCUUCGAUGAUAGCCUGAACUUCACGGCGAUGAAGGUGGUCCCUUUGCCUGUUGAGGCAGGCGACGGCGAUGCCGCUGCAGCUGGUAGUGUGACCGCCCAGUACCGCUUUGAGGUGCGUGCGCAGUGCCACCUGGGCGACUUGGUGACGUGCGUCCGGCCGGGCUGCUUUGCCGCCACGUCGCUGAUGGAGGCACCAGCGGCCUGCUCGUUGUCCCGGAAUCGACUGCUUUUGCCGGGUAUUGCCGGCCCACAGCUCGUGUUCGCUACGGCGCACGGCGGCUUUGGUGUGGUGACGCCAGUGCAAGCCGCCACGUACCUUGUCCUGCGCGCCCUUGAGGCAUCAUUGGUGCGCACGCUGCAACCCGUGGGCGGUCUUUCGCACCAGGCAUUCCGCGAGGUCUUACGCGCCGGCCAAGAGCGAGGGGUGAGCUACCUUGCGUCCAAGACGGGGUGCGCGCUGACGCGGGAGCGCUUGCGACGGUAUGAGCCGCUCAACACUGUGGACGGUGACAUGGUAGAACUGUUUGUGCAGCUCCCGCCGAGCGACAAGAAACACAUCUGCCGCGUCGCCACGGAGGUGUUUCUCCACGCCUUUGCCCACUGCCUCAAUGAGUCCGGGACCUUUGUCGCACCACCAGCGAAAGAGGAGCAGUGCGUCCUCGGGGCCGUAGGAACGGCAAUGCGACCCUUUGCACAGUAUCCCGAGAAGACGAUUGCCCAGGCGAAUGCGUUUCUGUAUCAGGGAGGCCUUCCGCAUAUUCCGUUCGCAGCUGAGGCGGUUGAACAGCAGGUAAUGAAUCUUCAGCGGGCGCACUAA